CGCAAUGACGUCACAUAUCACGUAGGUUGUUGGGCUGGAGAAUUUGCUGCGAUGGCGACGACGGCUCUGUGCUGGAAAGGGACGCAGUGAAGCUGGCCUCGGCUCGGAUAUGACUAAUGUUUAUUUGAUCGAGGUCUAUUUGCUGCUUAGUAAUUGCACGGGCUUCGGAUGAAUCUUUGGCUCCUUACUUUUCAUCACUCCUUUGGCUGAUUUCCAUGUCUAACUUGUGAGAGUCUCCAGACAGGAUCAUCAGGACUGCUCAUCGUCCAUUACUGAUUGUUAGUGACUGGUCCAGGCCGGAGUUCCUUGUUGGGUGACCCACACUCCUUCACAGGGGCCAUGGAGGAGGAGGGGCAGCACAGCUUGGAGUGUAUCCAAGCCAAUCAGAUAUUCCCCAAGAAGUCCCCUGUCCUGGAGGAGGAAAACAUGCAGGUGCCCUUUCCUGAGCUGCACGGGGAGUUCACAGAGUAUGUGGGGAGAGCAGAGGAUGCCAUCAUCGCAAUGUCCAACUACCGCCUACACAUCAAGUUCAAAGAAUCUGUUGUCAACAGUUGUUGUUGUGAGGUGUCAGUUCCCCUUCAGCUUAUAGAGAGUGUAGAGUGUCGGGAUAUGUUCCAGCUCCAUGUCACCUGUAAAGACUGCAAAGUUGUCCGGUGUCAGUUCUCCACCUUUGAACAGUGCCAGGAAUGGUUGAAACGCCUGAAUGUGGUAGUUCGACCCCCCUCUCGCCUGGAGGACCUCUUCUCCUUCGCCUUCCAUGCCUGGUGCAUGGAAGUGUACGCUGGCGAGAAGGAGCAGCACGGCGAGCUGUGCAGACCAGGCGAGCAUGUGACCUCCUGGUUCAAGAACGAGGUGGAGCGGAUGGGCUUUGACACUCAAAACGCCUGGAGGAUAUCUGACAUCAACAGCAAGUUCAGACUUUGCCCCAGCUAUCCUCAGCAACUCCUGGUGCCAGCCUGGAUCACUGACAAGGAGUUGGAAAAUGUGGCAGCCUUCCGCUCCUGGAAGAGGUUUCCUGCUGUGGUUUAUAGGCACCUGAGUACGGGGGCUGUGAUUGCCCGCUGUGGUCAGCCAGAGGUCAGCUGGUGGGGCUGGAGGAACGCUGAUGAUGAGCACCUGGUCCAGUCCAUCGCCAAGGCCUGCGCCGUGGACAGCAGCUCCCGCAAACACCUCCCCAACGGCACCUACACCAACGGCUCAGACCUGCCUGACACUGACUUUGAAUCCUCCAUGACCAACAGCUCAGAAGUGGAGACGUUGGUCAUCCAGCCCCACAAGUUACUUAUCCUGGAUGCCAGGUCCUAUGCUGCUGCCGUAGCGAACAGGGCCAAGGGGGGAGGCUGUGAAUGCCCAGAGUACUAUCCCAACUGUGAGGUGGUGUUUAUGGGCAUGGCCAACAUCCACUCCAUCCGCAAGAGUUUCCAGUCUCUGCGUUUCCUCUGCACACAGAUGCCUGAUCCAGCCAACUGGCUUUCUGCACUGGAGAGUACCAAAUGGCUGCAGCACCUGUCCCUGCUGCUGAAGGCGGCAUUGCUCGUGGUCAACGCAGUGGACCGAGACCACAGGCCUGUCCUGGUGCACUGCUCAGACGGCUGGGACCGUACUCCUCAGAUAGUUGCUUUGUCCAAACUGCUGCUGGACCCAUACUACCGCACUAUUGAGGGCUUCCAGGUUUUGGUGGAGACUGAGUGGCUGGACUUUGGCCAUAAGUUCGCCGACCGCUGCGGCCAUGGAGAAAACUCUGAGGAUCUGAAUGAGCGCUGCCCUGUCUUCCUGCAGUGGCUGGACUGUGUUCACCAGCUGCAGAGGCAGUUUCCAUGCUCCUUUGAGUUCAACGAGGCCUUUCUGGUGAAACUGGUGCAGCACACCUACUCCUGUCUGUUCGGCACCUUCCUGUGUAACAGCGGCAAGGAGAGGGAAGACCGCCACGUACAGGAGAGGACCUGCUCAGUGUGGUCACUGCUGAGACCAGCCAACCGUACACUGAGGAACAUGCUGUACUCUUCACACUCCGAGACCGUUCUCCACCCAGUGUGUCACGUGCGCAACCUGAUGCUGUGGACAGCGGUCUACCUGCCCAGCUCCUCCCCCACCACCCCCUCUGAUGACUCCUGUGCCCCUUACCCUGUGCCCGGUGCCAACCCGGAGGAUGCACCACUGGGCAGAUGUACGAAAACUCGCUCCUUCGACAACUUACCCAGUGCGUGUGAGCUGGGAACCUCCCUGGCUCCGAACCGUCGCUCCAGUGACCCAAGCCUCAAUGAAAAGUGGCAGGACCACCGCCGCUCUCUGGAGCUCAACAUGGCAGUGGGGCCCGAGGGAGGGGGCAACCAAGAUCAGGAGGUGCGGCCUAACGGUGUGGGGCCUUACCCAGACGGGGUGGACUCUGAACUGGACGACAGCCCGCAGUCCCAGGGCUCACACGCUGAGCUCGGACAGGGAGUCUCUGUGAGCCCAAUGGGAGAGGAAGCAGAGGAGGCAGAGCUCUCUGUGGCGGUGGGCGUGGCUGAGGGCCAAAUGGAGAACAUUCUUCAGGAAGCCACAAAGGAGGAGGCGGGAGCAGACCCGAGAGAGGGAAGUGCUGCCGUCACUCAUGUCAUUAACACUGUUGACACAGAGGUGGAGAAAGAAGCAAAAGCUGAGGACGAGGAUGAGUGUGCAAAAGUCAACGGAACUGAGAUGCAGAGAGAAGCAUUUGCUAAUGGUCACCAUCCAGAAAAUGGCAUAAUGGAGGCUGAGGAGGAUGAUGAGUCUCCUUCUCUGCCCACACAGGAAGCAGAGGAGCUGGAUCAAAAGGCAGCUGAGGUGACUCAGACACCAGAGGAUCUGGUGAAGCAGGAUGUUGAAAACUCUUCUGUAAAAGAGGAGGUUGCACAUGGGCCCAGUGAGUCCAGCUCAGGUGACCCAGAGCAGCCUGCAGCCCAUAGAACUAUAACUAACGGCUUUGAGGACAGGUCACCUGAAGAGCCAGGUGUGGAUGAGGAGACCUGCCCUGACUCUGAAUCUGACCAUGGUGUCUCUGAGCCAAUCGAGCAGGUGGAUAAAAGGGUCUCCCUGAUGGAAAGCUCCACAGAGACUUUAACUGAGGAGGUUUGCAGCAGGCUGGAGCUCCCAGCACAGCCGCCUGUUUGUCUGAGCCGACAGCCCUGCACUGACAGCAGGAGCCAGCUGCCCUGCUCCAGGAAAGAAAAAGGGCUAGAGGCAGGUGAGCAAGGCUUUAUUAGAACUUUAAACGGGGGCACCAAGCGACCCUCUGUCAGUGCCUUUCAGUCUGUGAGUGCUGACCUCAGCAGGGAUGGGCUUUGUAAUGGCGACAGCUCUGACGGGGAGCCCUGCGGAGGUCCUCACUGGGCCAAAGGGAAUGGGGAGCGGGCCCCUUUGAGUCGACAGAUGUCGCUAGCAAGCUGUAACUCCCUGAUCCUCCACCCGCGGGGCAGCUGCUCCCAGCACCGCUGGUGCCAUGCCCUGCUGGGCCGGGCUGCCGCCAGCCCGGAGCAACCUUCACGCAGUCACCUGGAUGAUGACGGGCUGACGCUGCAUACUGACGCCAUCCAGCAGAGGCUGAGGCAGAUUGAGGCAGGGCACCAGAUGGAGGUAGAGACUCUGAAGAAGCAGGUGCAGGAGCUGUGGAGCCGCCUGGAGAAUCAGCAGCACACUGGCUCCCACAGGAUCAACGGAGACAUGGGAGACGAAGUGACCUCAAUGACAGACUCUGAGUACAACCUGGACCCCAACUGUUUGUCACGCUGCAGCACAGAGCUCUUCUCUGAGGCCAGCUGGGAGCAGGUGGACAAGCAGGACACUGAGGUCACUCGCUGGUACCCUGACCAUUUGGCAGCCCAGUGUUACGGCUGUGAGAGCAGGUUCUGGCUCGCCACCAGGAAGCAUCACUGCAGUGGCAGGGAGCCUGUCCAGGAGGUCUGGAACUGUGGUAACGUGUUCUGCGCCAGCUGUUGCGACCAGAAGAUCCCAGUGCCAAGUCAGCAGCUGUUCGAGCCCAGCCGUGUCUGCAAGACCUGCUACAGCAACCUCCAGCUCAGCUCGGUUCCCCUGGACCUGGAGCUGGAGAAACCCAUCACAGCCAGCUCCAACUGAGGCUCAGAGGACCGGGACCGGGAGGGGGAGUCAGGCCGGGCUGCCAGCCGCUGACACAGGUGCACUGCUGAAGAAGAGCACAGGAGCUACACAGAAUGUCCCAUGUACUUUAUGUGUGAGUGUGCGCGGCAGAAAUGGAAUUUAAUGUGUAUAUACAGAUGAUUACGUGGCGGCGGAGCUGAAUGACGUGUUUUGCGAGAUGCCGAGCGCUCUGAACAGCGGGUGUGCACAGGGGUGAGUGUGUGUGAGUGUGUGUGUGAGAGAAGAAAUAUAUUGCAUAUUUGCCACACAGAGGGUUUGUGGCGGUGAUGGGACUUCACUCCGAGGCCAGAGGAGUGAGAAUGGACUUCCUGGUGCCUUGGACCAGGCGGGCAGAGAGGGUCGUCUCACUGUUUUGUUUUAGUCUCUUGGAGGGCUUUGUUCCAUUGAAUCUGCUUUUCCCGUUCAUCCACACUUCUCAUCAGACUUCCACGCACCAUCAUAGACGACGUCUUUUCUCUGGAGCCAUGUGCAAAGUCUCCUGGCAAUCAUGAGAGUCCCUCAGUAUCAGAAAUGUCUGGGUAGUGAUAUUGUUUAGGGAGAAGCUUAAAGGAUCAGCUCACUCAAAUUACCUUUAUGUGAGAGCUCAUCUGGUAGGUUUCUGCUGCCGUCACAGUACAGUGGAGGUGAAUUGAAUUGGGGUUGCAGCUGUUAUUUCCUUCAUUGAUCAAUCAGCAAAUCAUUUUACGAGUUAAUCAGUCUCAGAAAAUAGUGAAAUUAAACCAUCAUGAUGUCUCAGAGCCCAGUAAUAACAUUUACAUUGUCCAACAAACAUUUCAAAAUCUAGAGACUGGUUUAGUAACAUAUAAGACACAAAAAAGCAGAAAUUUGUUUUCCAUUAGAGGCUACAAUAAGAGUGUUUGUCUUUUUUGUUUAAAGUGAUUAUCAAAUAAUCUUCUGCAAGUUGACUUUUUAUAAUAACAAUUUGUUAAAAACAGCAUUUAAAAUGGAACUCUGGUGAUUUAGAUUACACCUCUCUUUAGUUUCCAUACAGUUUUGGAUUUUCAAAAGACAGAUUAAAGCAAAAAUUGUCAAAAUCAAUACAGCAGAGGCGGAUACAUCCUGACUUUUAGUCCCCAGUACGGGUCAAGCUCCAAAAAUGCUGCAUCCUACAUUUCUCAUAAUUCAUAAUAAGCUGUCCCCAUAUUUUAAACUCCAUGCUGGUGUUCUGGUGUAUGUUUGCAGUCUCAACACCCAAGGAGACAUAUACCCUGAUGACAUCAUUUCCUAAGCCAGUGUCCCUAUUAUCUACGAUGAUCCACAAUUGAGUGAAGUGGGUGAACUGACCCUUUAACACACUGCGGGCUGAAUCUCAACUCAGCAUAUUUGCUUGCUUUUGUUUUGGUGAGUUUAUUUCAGCUUUUCACACAGAAUGGCACAGAUGUGUGUAUAUAGUAUAUAUAGUAUCUACAGCUUGACAUGUUAAUACAAAACCAAAAAAAAAAAGUUGUGACGUUUGGAGUUUGUGUUUUAAAGGGUGUUGAGAUUCAGCCCAGAGUGAAGACAGAUGGUAGAAUUUUGAAGGUCAAAGAUUUUUAAAAGCCUUUGUGAUCAGUAACAGAAAUGCUGUAUUCACAUCGUUUUCCGUUUUUAUCCUGAUGAGUAAAAGAUACUGCUGAUUAUUUUUUAAACAGAAUCAGCCACGUGAGUCUUACAACAGAACUUGAUAGUGAUCUCUAGAAAAGGCUUUAGAACAUCUGACCCUUUAACAGCUGAAGGCUGCUCAGCUCCUCCACUCUGACUGACUGUUAUUCCUCGUCCACUGGGAGUGUAAACGGAUGUGUUGUGGCGUUGUCGGUUUGUGUCAGACAGCAGACGAGCUGCAGGUUGUUUGUGCCCGACACAGACUGACUGAGUGUGUAAUCUCUUCUGUUAGCCAUACCUUCAUGCCCUUCACUCACAACAGCCCCCUUUUUAUUCUUCUUACCCAGCAGGCACUGGGAGCUGGAUGUCUCCUUGCUUUUCAGUCCUCUGGUGGAAAUCAGAAGUGAAGGUGUGAAUUUGACACAUUUGAAUUUCCAUGUUCAGAUUGUAAAGACAUUUUUUUUUCUUUUUUCUAAUGUUUAAUUAUUAUUUUUGAGGCGGCAUACGACUGUGACCUCACUCAUGAUUUCUGCUCUGAUUGGCUGAAAUGUGGAGGAGAGCAGCAGCAGCAGAAAGGGCUCUUAGCGUUUUCCUAAGUCUGUAACUCCACAUGAAAUGUGUCAGAGAAGCUUCACUGAGACGCCCGCUCUGUCUGACACCCAUUCACUGACCUUGCACACACACUAACACACACACACACUUUUUUGUAAAAUAAAUGAAUAAAAUAAUAUAUUCAGAUACUUAUAUAGCAUUUAAGAAAAAUGUAUAGAAUCCUUGAAUAGUGGCUCACUUAAUUAGUCACCAAAAAGUUGUGUGUUUUUUUUUUUAUUUCUUUGUUUUCUUAUGUUGUCAAUUGCAGAAAAAUACCUAUAUUUUGCUGCCUGUUGAAGAUGACAGGUGUGUUUUUUUUAAAUAGAAAAGCAGGGUGUCCUGUUUUGAUGCUGCAGUGGUUUUCCCUUUUAAAUGCGAUCAUUACUUUGAUUUUAUUUAUUAAAGUUCUGUUGUUGAAUUGCUGUUUUAAAAUCCAGACAAUUCAAAUUGCCACAGGAUAAUCAGUGUUUCUGUGAGAUGGGGAGUAGAAAGGUGGCUCUGAUCCGUGGCUACGACGACCUCGUCAUUUCUGUUUUGUGUCGGCCAAUCGCAGCUUGAAUUGUGGAUGAAAUGAUCCAGAUAAAAUUAAUGUGCCCGGGUGGGGGGGUCAGAGUUGUCAUCAAACAUCAUGUGACCUCUGACGAUCACGUUUCAGAAUAAAAUAACGAGUGUGUCUGUAGCCAAUGAGACGUCUAUGCACUGAGGAUUGUGGUCCAAAAACAAGCAGACUGAACCCAAAAUAAAAGCCCCCUGACUCUCUCUCUCUCUCUCACACACACACACACACACAAACAAAAUGACUCCAUUAUUUCAUCAAACAAACAAACACUACCUCUACUUUGUACACACACUUGUUCAUGCACACACACAUUCACACUGAGCUUGUAGUUGCUGAGUGACUCUUGCGUUCCACAUUCACGUCAUCAAGAAUGGCCUUUGUUGUUGUUAUUGAAAAUCUGUGUUUUUUUUUUUUCUCCCGUUAGUCAGCUGGAGCAUUUAAGGUACAGCACACGACCGCAGAACUUUGAUUUGAAAUGAUCAUGAUCUUCUUGUUGAGACUGCCAAUCUUGUUAUUCCUCAUCAAGCAGCCUGUCCUGUCAGCAGAGGGUCAGUUAGUCGUGACUAUCAGAGGAAAUGCAUAAAUCUAGCUGUGACUGACAGUGUGCUGUUCAACAGUACUGGAGCUGUGUGUCAUUGUGUGUCCAUGACAUCUCCUGUUGGAUUAAAUGCGGUGGUACUAGCAGAGGAUUGAAGUGUGCAGCGGAGCCGCAGUGGUCAGAGCAACAACAAGCUUCAAGUGUUUUUCUCACUGCCCUCUUGUGGAAGUGGUGAAUGUGUUUAAUUCAACAAGUUCACCUUUUGAAAUAGAAUGGAGGAAAAAAGCAUUUGUUGCCCCUCGUAGAAAGACGCUGUAAUUUUUAUAAAUUACAUAUUUACAAAACACUUGAACUGUCCAAACAUUGAUUUCAUUUUGAAUUAAUUUGGUACUGCUGCAUUUAAUGUGCAGCUAAUGAAAAUUUUGUUUUGACUCUGACCAUCCUCUUUAUAAACCAGCUCUCUGUUCUUUCUUCAUCUGCAAACUUGGAUCAACUGGAAUACUUAUCUGGAACCAGGAUCUUAGGCUGUUCAGUUUCUAAUGAUGAUGUAAACCUGGCCUCUAAUCAGAGCUCAGUGCUCCCAUUAUGUUCACAUGAUUUAUUCCAAGGCUUCACACUCCUCCUAAACGUCUGUGUCCUAAAUGUUGAAAAAAAAAGAAGUUUUCCAAUACAUCAUACCUCAUGAUCUCAUAAAUACAGAUAAAUCAAAUGUCGAAAAGAUGGCUGGAUGAGGUGUGUAAUUUCUCUUUAUCAGGCCAAGGCUCCUUCACUGUCUGCACACGCACAGUCACGGCCAGCAGCAGAAUUUUCACUCUGUAUUUUCACCACCGUCACAGGCAUGUGGGACAUCAAGCUUGUCUUGUUCAGCAAUCCAUGAAUGUGAACUGUCUUUAAAAAAAAAAGUAAAGAAAAAGAAAAAAAAGAGGCUAUUUUUUGCACAUGACAUAAAGUAGACACUGCCACAGAGUGCAUCAAAACAAAAGCUGAAACGGAAAGUGUGCUGUGCUUUUCAGUAUUGUAACGAGCAUGGUGGUUAGUGGUGAUACGUGUGUGGGAGGGUAGGGUAACGUGGUGAACCGGGCAUCAGAAACACACACGUUGCCGGGAUGAUCCCUUGCUGUGUUUUAUUUUUCCCCUUCCCAAGAAGUUCUCUUGGUCUGCAUAUGUUGUAUUUCUCUUCACUCACACUGACGUGCUCUGUCAGAGGUGUCACUGCGACGGCCCAGUAAUCACUUGACCUGAGUGUGAACGUGUGAAUGCAUCAAGCAUUGGAGUGACUGCGCGUGUGUGUGUGCGUGUCUCUUUUUGGUGGAGACUGGUGCCAAGCAGUUUUAUUACGGGUCUCUCACAAAGGGAUCACUCGUGCUUUUGUUUCAUCUUCCUCCUUUUUUCCCUUCUGUUUGAUAAGCACUUUGAACCUUCUCAUGUCUGUCAGAGGAGUGUGUAGCUGUACAUAGCAAUUUCCUGUAACAACAAGUGCUCCUUGUUCAAUCUGAAUAUUUUGUUUUGUUGGAUUUACUUUAAAGAGCAUUACAUUGUUGUAGAAUUAAAGUAAAAAUAAACUAGAUAAACCUA